AUGGCACGAAAUUGUUUUUUAUUAAUAUUAUUCUUAUGGUUAUCAGGGAUAUUGACUGAAGGAGGUACUAUUAAUCAGCCAAAUGUGAUCGUUCGAGUAAAUAAUAUGACUGAAUCAAUGAAACAAGAUGCGAUACGUAUUACAAAACAAGCAUUUGUGAAAUUUCAUGGCUAUUCAGCAAAAUCUCGUUCAUCCGUUGCACAAUAUAUUCGUUAUCAAUUCGAAAGUUUACAUAGUUCAUCGUGGCAAUGUAUCCUUGGCAAAGAUUAUGCACUUUCAAUUGCUUCAGAAAAUGAAAAACGCAUUAUUCUCGAUAUAGACAGAGUUUCUAUACUAAUUUUUAAAGGCAAAUGUUAA